CAGUUGACAACCUGCACGCAACGCGCGCGCUUCGCCUGCUGCAUGCCACAAAGGUAUAGACAAGCCUAUUUGUGCGGCUAGCCAGUGUGUGUCUAGGCUAGACUACGCGCCUCUCAACACAUACAUACAGACAGACAGAUAUAUAGGUGUAUAUGUGUGUCCGUGGCAAUAAAUCAGCUGCUUAAUCAAUCUCACGUGCCAGCGCGCAGUUGACCUUUCGCCUUUGGCGGCGCCGGCGGCCACAGUUACCGUUUCAGUUACCGUUACAGUUACCGUUACAGUUACCGUUACAGUUAUUGUGUUUUACAGCUUUGGUGAUUAAGUAUACGCCAGGUAAGCCGCCGCACGAAAUAACUAAAUCUCUUUGACCUACUAAGCGACGAAAAACAAUGUGUGUGUGCGUGUGUGCGUGUGUGUCUGAGCCUGGCCGUGAGCUGCCGUGCAUUUUACGAGCGCAUUAGAGCAUAAACAACAACAACAACAACAACAACAACAACAACAGCAACGAGAAAGAGAACAAUCGCAAAGCCCAGCACGUCCUGCAAGUGGCCAGGGCUACGGCGGAAACGGAAGUCGAAGUUGCUGCUGGCGGAAGCUUAAGCUGUUUUCCAGUGCUGCCAAUGAGCUGAAAGAACAAAUUGAUAGCGGAAGUGAGAACAGCCCCAGCUGCAGCUCCAGCUGGAGCUCAAGUCAAGUGCUGCAUACAUAUAUACAAACAUAUAUAUAGAUUUAAGUAUAUAUAUAUCUAGAUAAUGCCGAAAUUCAAGUUGAAGUGAAUUCUAGAAUUUAGAACAAAGAAAAAAGGCAGCGCAAUUGAAAGCGAAAGAAAAUUGAGAUUUCUCAGCUCGAACAAAGGAUCAACUUGUACAAUUUAUUUAACUGCAAGCGAUUUGUAAACCGGAAGUAGUCAAACACCGCAGCUGCAAAAGUAAAAGAAGGACAACAACAUGGCGGAUCUGGAACGCAUACGACUCGUGCUGCUGGGCGGCGCGGGCGUCGGCAAGAGCUCCAUUGUGAAGCGUUUCCUAUUCAAGAGCUAUACGGACAAAUACCGCGCCACCGUCGAGGAUCUAUACAAUCGCGAAUAUGACCUCGGCGGCGUCACGCUAAAGGUGGACAUUUUGGACACAUCCGGCGACAUGCAAUUCCCCGCCAUGCGACGCCUCUCCAUCGCAACGGCCCACGCCUUCAUGCUGGUGUAUGCAACAACAUCGGCGCCCAGCUUUCAGUGUGUCAAGCAAUGCUUCGAGGAGAUUCGCGAACAGCGCGCCGACUUUCAGGAUAUACCCAUUGUUAUUGCUGGCAACAAGGCCGACUUGGCAACCACCCACCGGGAGGUGCGGCAGGAGGAGGUCACAGAUUGGGUCUUUUGCGAAUUGCCACGCCUCAGGGCCAAGGUGGUCGAGUGCUCGGCCAAGGAGGACACCAACGUGACCGAACUGUUCAAGACCCUGCUCUCCCUGUCCCGCUUCCUGCCCGCCAGCAGCAGCAGCGUCGGCCCGGGCGCCGCCAGCGUCGAACCGGCGCCCAGCGGCUUUAAGCGCCGCUCCUCGGCCUACGUCAGCGCAUCGUCCAGUCGCAACAAAAACCGCAUGAACAGCCCCUCGGUGAGCGGCGACAAGAAGUCGAGUCUCGUGGAUGCCGUCGAUGUGGCCAGCACCAGCGCCGAGGCCAAACUAAAGCCACGUUCCAGAUCGCUCAUACGCCGUGCAUCACGCAAGACCAAGCAGCAAAUCAACAACGCAUCCGACGACUGUAAUUUGCAGUAAAUUGCCAAAACUGUGGUGGGUCAUUUUUAAUUUAAUAAUAAUACAAAUAAUAUUAUUAAUAAUUAUGAUAAUAAUGAAUGUCUGCUACAUGAAAUCGUGUACACUCAACAGAGCUAAUUAUUUUGAUUAAAUUGAAUAAUUUACAAAAGUUGCUCAAUUGCAAUUAAGAUGUAUGAUGUAAGGGUAAACGUCUAGAUAUUCUCGAUAUCAAGACGCAGCUUGAUUACUUAUCGAUAAAUCAUCGAUGAUAUAUCGAUAUUCUAUAAAUCCCAGCUUGAUUACUUAUCGAUUACUCAUCGAUACCACAUCGAUGACUUAACGAUAACUCAAUGAUGAGUUAGCGAUAACUCAUCGAUGGUUUAUCGACAACUUAUCGAUAACUAUAUUGUUGUUUACAGCUAUAAGUACGAACUUUGCUCAACUGUCCGGCAUUCUAUUUAGUUGAGAUUCAAUAUUUGAAUGGUUUAAGGGGACCAGUUUUAUUUGAAAUCAUUUUUAUACGCCGAUAACUUAACGAUAACUAUAUAUCCUUGCUUUGAAUAUGAACUAAACUCAAUCGUCAGCAAGUCUAUUUAGUUGGGAUUAAAUUAAAUCACAAGUCCCAAGGGGACCAGGUUUAGUUGAAUUCCCUUUGCUAGGCUGUACUAAAUUUCGGGCAGCUUAUUGUCAUGACAUUUUCUUAUUUGUUCACAAAUUUAAAUAGCAAUUUGUUUUUGAGGGAAUUUGGUAUAUGAAUUGUACGACAAAUUUGAAGAAUAAAUCUUGUAGUUCCUUUGAUGACAGCAAAUUAGGCUAAGUUAAUCAUGUUUUCGGUUCGGGCUAGUAUUAAGCUAGACAUAAGUAAAUGUUAUUAACAAUUUAAAUACAGUGUAUUCAAAUGUUUAAGCAAAUGCAACUAAUUAAUUGUCCUAGGUACAAAUCCGUGUAGUUUAUGUAGAUGAAAAAAUGAAAAAAAAAAAAAAAAAAACAAAAAAUAAUAAUAUAAAAUUGGGAAAAAAAAUAUAUGUAUUUGUUAUGCGGCAAGUUAUUUUGCUCGCGGCCCACAAAAGCUGACCUUGUUUGAGUACGAGCGAAAAGCCAGGAAAAUGUUUGAGCAAUUUAUGGCAUUUUGCAGUUAACUCUUUUUUACACUUCUUCAAAGGCAGAGAAAUGCUGCACAACAAUUUAUUAUGCAAAGUGAGCUGCUAAUUAAUAUUGCCGGGCGUACAUAUAAAUAUGCAGCGCAUUGUUUGUGAUGUUUUAUUAUUAUUAUUAUUAUUAUUUUCUCUUUUUUGCAUUUCUCUCAAUUGCAGUUAAGCGUGAUUUGCGCAUAAUAUUCAAAAAACAUAUUCAAGGAUAAUACAGGGUGCAUGCUAAUUGCCAAAAUUAGGAGCCAAUCAAAUAAAUAAAGAAGAAAAACUAAUAUGAAUUUUUGCAUUAAAUAUUAGAGCAUUA